AUGAAUUUUGAUAAUUUUUUGAUAACAAUUCAUUAUUUGCUAAAAAUAAAGAAAGCCUCCUAUACUAAAGCUUUUUCUUUUAUAUGCAUAGGGUCAUUGCUAUUUUAUUUCAAUUUGCUGUUUAAGUAAUUUAAAAGUUCAAAUUUAUAGGGUUGAAGCAACAUUUGAGUAUUUUGAGGAUUUACAUACAGAUGUCGUAGAAAGAUUGUUAACUCCAUUCAUUUUUUUAAGCAUUGAAGCAUUAAUUACACAAUCAUUAUAGAGUUACAUCAUUCUACUUAUAUUAAGCGUAUCUAUACCAAUUUUGAUCAUUAUUUUAUUUUUAAUAUUGUGGUUCUAGAUUUAAACUAAAGGUGAUCGCACUACAUUCCUAAUGAAAUUAGCAUAAGUAAAUUUACUAAUCUAAAUAGAUAUUUGUACAUAUUCAAGAAGCUUAUUAAUGGAUUUUAAUAUUUCCUAUAGUUUAUAUAUAGUCUACAUAUCUGUUCAAUUUUGAAUAGAUAGAUUAAAAAUUAUAGAUAUCUAUUAACCUCAAUUCCUAUUUUAUAAUAAUAUUAGAAAUCUGUUCAAUUUUAGGAUUUAUACUGAAUAUUAUCAUAAUAAUAUUCCAAUAAACAGUGUUCUACAAUUACAAACUUAAAUUGGAUUUCUUAAGUUUUAAUAAUAAUGAUUCUUUAACUUACUUUAGAUUAUAACAUAUAGUAAUGGGAAUAGUGUAUAAUAUUAAAUUCUAGUUUGUUAAUAAUAAUGUACUUAUAUAAUUAUUGAAUUUAGGUUAUAUUCUUUAUUGCAUAGGUUCUUUUCAGUCUUUUGACUUUGUAAUAAUUAUAUUCUGGUGAUUUAUUUCUUAUUUUAUUUUAAGCUAAGAUUUAAAGACUUUAUGUUUUAACAUCACUUUUAUAUGUAAGUAUUACAAUAUCUAUGAUAUAUACUUACUUAGCAUAUUUUAUGAAUUUAAGUAAUCAAGAAUACACACUUAUUAUAACUUUAAUUGUAUAAGCCUUUUUCAUUUUAACUUACAAAAAGGUUGUCUUAACUAAAUUAUCAAAUUUGAUAAUCAAAAAUAGUCAUGAUACAAAAGAUAUAGUGAGAAAAGUCUUUUUUUUAUAAGAAUUGAUAAAUGAUAUGAAUGAAAUGAAAGAACUUUUCUAUUUUGGAGUAAUAGUUCAUCAUUUGAACAGAUCUCAUAAUCAUAGUGAUUGGAAAAAUAUUGGAAUGAGAUGUUAUUGUCAAUAGAAAGUAAUAUAUAAUGCCAAAAAAGAUAAUGAUGUUACAAAAUCAUUACAUUCUGUUAAGAAACAUAAGAAACUUUAUACUAAAUUAGAAAUUAAGAGUCUAUAUGAAUAAUAUUUGAUUUCUUAAUCAAAUGAUAUUGAAAUACACAUUUUAUAUAUUAGAUUUCUAGUAUUCAAUAUGAAUCUUAAAUCUUUAGCUAUUUCUUAAAUUAAUAACUUAUUAAAAAACUAAUACAAAAUUAAUUAUUUAUAAAAGUUUAGAUUACGUUUAAUAAUUUAUUAAAUAAAAAUUAUGAUUCAAGAUUAGAAUACAUCAUCAUAUAAUGGAUAAUUAGAUUUUGAAAGAACUUUAGAAAUGGAAAGUACUGUUUAAUAGAUUAAAGUUUAUAUUUAAGAUAUUUUAAAUUUAAAAAUUUAAUUCUGGAAACAUCUUCUAAGAAAUCAAAUUAAUUAAGAUAUAUUAAUUCAAUAUGAUGAUCUAAUCAAUAAUAAUAUAUCUUAAUGUAAUUCUUUAUGGGAUUUAAUUAUUAAUAGUGAAACUAGAAUUAGAGACAAAAUAAUUAAAAUAUCUUAUUUAGAUAGAAGAAUAAAAUGGCAAUUAUAUUAUUCCUGGUAUUGUAUACAUAUAUUAAAUUAAAAAGUCAAAUCAAAUUAAUUUUUUGAGAGUACUUCUUAUGAAGAAUUUGUUUAUGAAGAUUCAGAAUCAGAUGAUGAUAAAUAUGUAUUUAAUAAGUAUUCUAAAGAUAAAUCAUUCAAUAAAUCUUCAAUAAUUUUACAUACUGAUCUUAAUGGAAAUAUUUUAAAAUAAAGUUAAUCCUGUUAAGAAUUGACAGGUUAUUAUACUUUGAAUAAUGUUUAUUAACUCAUUCCUUAAUCUAUGAUUCGUAAUCAUUAAAUAUAAUUAUUGAUAUUUAAGUCUUAAAGUAGAAGUAAUACUUUAUAUAAAAGAAAAAAAGUUUAUUUUUAGCAUUAAUAAAACUAUAUUAUACCUGCUAAUAAAUAUUUAAAACUAGAAUGCAAUAGAUUUAAUUAAUUAGAAUUUAUUUGUAUGAUAAGACCUUUAAUAAGAUUAUAAUAAUAAAAUUAUUUAAUAUUAAAUGAAGAUUGGGAAAUAGAUUCAAUGACUUUAUAAUUAAUGCCAUUAUUAUUGCCAAAAAUUUGUGUUUUUAUAAUUUGUCCAUAAUUAUUAAAUUUUACUAAAUAUCAAAGAUAUAUAAAUGAAGAGGAUUUGUCUAUUUUUAAUUUAUCAUUUAAAAAUGUACCUUAAUAAAAAGAUGAAGAAUCAUUAAAAUAGAAAGAGAGAGAAAAAAUAAAGGAAGAAUUAGAAGAUAUUUGUGUAUUAAAUAGUCAAAAUUAUUUUGAAUUUAAAGAUUUCUUCAAUAAAACAGCAGAUCAAGGUUAAUUUACUUCUAAUUUAUAAAUUAUUGAUGAUGAAUUAAUUAGAAUUGAACAUUCUAAUUUUUAGAAAAUUGUAAAUGUAGAACAUACAUAAAUUUUAUUAAGAAUUCCUAAGAAUAUUGAGGAUUUAGUAGAAGAAUAUCACAAAUCAAAAUUAGAAAUUUUAUCAGAUUUUUAAUUGAAAAAAUCAAUGAUGUAUUUAAAUUUAUAAAGACAUUUAAUUGUAAAAGAUAAGUUCGGUUAAUUAAAAAUUAAUUAACCUGAAUUAUUAAAAAGAAUUUACAGUUUAUAGGAAGAAUAUCAUCAAUCUUAAUAUCAAAUACUAAGUAAAACUUAAGUUAUUACUUAGAAAAACUCUAUAUAAAAUAUUGUUAUCGUAAAAGAAAUCUCAAUAAAAUAAUUAAAGUUGAUGGAUCAAUUAAAUUUAGUAGGAGAACAUUAAUGGACAAAAAUGUUGUAAUAAAGUUUAAUAGAUUUGAAAUCUAUGAAGAUAAUUUUAGAUCAAAUAUCUAUGUAAAUUAAACAUUUAAUAUAAUUUAGAAUUCAUUAGCCUUAAAAUAAAGAGCAUCAAUCAAAUAAGUAUAAAAUAAUGUAAAUACUAUGAAUUAAAUAUAAAUGUAAUUGAAUUAAUCAUACAGUUAAUAUAUAGAUGAAUCAUUUAGAAUUAAUUAAAGUAAAUCAUUGAUAACUUAUGAAUAAAUAACUGGAGACUUUUAUAAUUAGAAUUAAUAAAUAAAUUUGAGUCUUAAUGUUGAAGAGAAUAUUUUCUUAAAAGAUGAUUAAAAUAAAUGUUCUGUAGUUAGUUUAAAUGAAUUUGUUUAAUUCAAAUUAUAUAGCAGACUUCUUUUAUUACAGAUUCUAUUAUCUUAUAUAAUGAUAUGUAUAUUUGCAGAUUCAGAAAAUUCUAAGUUAUUAUUUGAUUAAAAUAUAUCCCAAUUAAACCUUUUUUUCACUAUAUAAUUAUCUAUAUUAAAAGUCUAUAAUGCAUUUAUAGAUGUGUCAUUAUUUAAUAAUUAUUAGAUAAAAGAUUUAGAUCUAGAAUUUGUUAAUUUGAAUAAUAAUCAAUUUUAUGAUCAUUAUAAAUUAGUUGUAAAGGAAUAAUUAAAUUUAAUAAAAAAUACUUAUCAAUCUUAAAGUUAUAUUCAUUGCUUUUAUAAUAUAGAUAUUCAUUAAAGUAAUAACUAAUCAAUAAUUGACAUCUAUAAUUCAUAUAUUGUUAAUUUAAUAUUAUUCUAACAAGAAUAAUUUACAGAAACUAAUUCAAGUUUGAAAUAAUUAAAUCAAUUUAGAGAAAUUGUGUAUCCAUAUUUAAUUGAAUCUUUAUCAUAAAUAAUUUUAGAAAUUACAAAAAACUUAGAAUUACUUUAAGUUCAAUAAUAUUUUUUCAGAAUAAUAACAAUUACUUAUCAUACUGUAUUUAGUAUUAUAAUUGUAAUCAUAAAUAUUUUAAUUGUGUUUAAAUUAAUAAAUAAAUAAAAUGUAAAAAUACUCCUAUUAAUUUAGUUUGUUUAAUAAUAGAUAUUUGAAAUUGAAAAAGAUACUGUAUCUAAAGUUAAUUAGUAUUAUAGCGGUUUGAGAUAUUAGUUCAUUCAUUGUUUUGAAACUAAGAAUUUGCCUUUAAGUAAAAUUUUUAAUCUAUCUAUUAGAACCUUUAUCUAAUUCAAUUAAUCAUUAAAUAUUUCAUCAAUCAGAUACUGAAACAAGUAAGACUAAUAACAAGUCAACAAAACACUAAAGAUCAUUAUUGAACUCUAAAAUCUAAUAAAGAUUGAAAGUACUAAUUACAAUUUUUAUAUAGUAUGUUCUCACUGGCUAAUAUUUAAUGCUAUAACCAGUAUUAGUGUUAUAAUUAAUAAUAAUUAAUAUUAUAGCACUUAUAGAAUUGUCUGAGAUGAAGGAUAGAUUUGAUAAUUAAAAUUUCUUUUUAAAUUCUUAAAUGUUUUAAUCAAUGACAUUAAUUAAGGAGAUUUACAUUGUUGAUAAUGAAAUCCUUUCAGAAAAUUUUAUUAAUACUGAAUAUUUUUAGAAUAGAUUAUCUUUCAUAUAUGAUUAAUUAGAAGAAAAAGACAUUGAGUUUACUAAUUAUGUUGAAGAAAAUACUAUAUUAAAAGGUAAUAUUUGUUAGAAUGAGAUAUUCAUAUCAUAAGAAUAAUUAUGCUCAGAUUAUUUAAAUGGUGCUUUAAGACAUGGAUUAAACUUUUAUUUUAAAUUAGUAUCUUAAAUGAUUUUAGUUACUUUAAAUACAAAAGAAACUAGAUUUAAUAAAUUAAAUCUCCAAGAUAUUAAUUAUUAUUAAUUGGUAUAAAAUUAUAAUUAAUAGGGUUACAGUUUCAAAAUGAAAUUUUUGAUUCCUCUACUUUAGCAGUGAAUACUUGGAAUUAAAGUAUAAUCUAGGAAUAUUUUGAAUUUUUAGAUUUAGAAAUCAUUGUCAUGUAAUAAUUAUAUUAUAUUUAUAAAAGGAUAUGCUUUCUCUCAAUAAUAGGAUUUUAUCAUUUUUUAUUUUUUGAGUUAUAAUAUUUUCAAAAAUUGAAAAUACAAUUCUCCAAAAUAAAUUAAUUUUAUAAUCGUUACAUACCCAAUGAAACUUUAUUAAAAUAAAAAAUUAUGCGUUCUUAAUUUUUAAGAAGAGGAAUAAUCAAAAAAUGA